GCUGGUCGGUUGUGAGUGAGUCCGUAUUUCCGGAGUUCACUAAGCUGCAGCACUAACUUAUUUAUCUUGGGGAGGGUAGUGUUUUUCAAAAAAGUCAUUCCUGUUAAUGUUGGAUCCCUCUAUUGAGAGAGAGCGCUCACUUUGGUAUACUUCCUGAAAUUUCAGACUGUAUUUCUGUAGCGCCUUUAAUACAACAAUGUCCCGAGUCGUAUCCUCAGUUGUCUGGACACGGAGCAUCCCGAAAGUUAUCCCGCACAAGUCCUCUCUUUUAAAAUUACUGAGCUCAAAUUGCUUAAAAGAUCUGUGUAUUUAAACGAAUCGCCCGCAUGCUCCAAAAGUGAAGGUAUGCGUGGCUAUAUUUCAUGAACAACUUCAGGGAAUUCACAUCAAGGGAGAAACUGAAGAACCAAAGGAGCUGAUAGGAUAAGAGGCUAAAGCUUAUUCAAAAAGAAAUGGAAGUUCAACAGCAUGAGAAACUCUCUCAGCUGGUUGAGGAUCUCACCACAUCUGGACAACAAGUGUUAAACCCAGACAAGAUGAAGGAGCUAAAGAAAAUCUGCAAGCUAUCUGAGGAUUACAUCAAUCAAGUGUAUCACUUAAUCAUGACACAGUUAAACCAAGAGCAUGCAGAGAUCCGCCUGUCUGCUUUCCAAAUAGCGAAUGAGCUAUUUGUGCGUUCACAUCACUUUCGGACGUUGCUUGUUUCAAACUUUCAGGAAUUCUUGGAGUUGACAGUGGAAUCAAAUUUUGAGCAACCUUUACCUCCUCCGAAAGAAAUAGCUCAAAAAUUGAAGGAAAUGGCAAUUAAAUCUGUCGAGGAUUGGCACGGGAAAUACGGAGAAGCUUACAAGAAACUUUCUCUGGGUUAUCAUUUUCUAAAGCAAGUUAAGAAGGUGGAUUUCCAAGAUGUUCGGGCAAGAACGCAAGCUGAGAGAAAACGAGAGGAAGAGAGAUUGAAAAGACUGGACAAUAUCAAUAGAACAAAAGUAAACAGAGUGGAACAGGAAAUGGAAGAAACAUCAGAAGAAAUUCAAACUUCUUUGAUUGAGCUAGAGGCAUGCUUCAGAUUGCUGAUACCUGAUUUUUCUGAGUUCACCUUCAAUGAUGUCAACUCUCCGCAUGCACAAGUACCAGCUGACAACACCAGUAAUGCAAUGUGCACAACCAGUGGGCAGAAUGACAACUACCUACACUCCACAGAUCUGUUUGAUGAUGAACAGCCAUGCAGCAGUAAGGACCUUGUGCCACUGUCUUUAAUAAAUAGAGGACAAGAAAUGUGGAAAUCGGAUGGUUUGCAUCAAAAUGAGGACAGUGAGGAUGAAGAACUUGAACACAGCACUGAUGUAUUUGUUAGAAAUCAUGGCCUUCUUUCACACAAAUAUUCUAUUAACUUGGAAAUUCAGAAAGACUUAAAGAUCAAAGAGGAUGAAGACAACAGCGUUGUGAUUACCAACAUAAAGGACCUCCAUAGACUUGUCACUAUUAAAUACCUACCAGCUGUCCAGAACUGGAUCCAGACAUUCACCAAAGCUGGUAUUAGUGAUACUCGCCUAAAACGUGCCAUUGACUUAAAAAAUGAGAUUGAUGCAGCUCUAAAGAAACAUGAAGAAAUGGGCAUUAAUUAUGAGGAGCGGAAAGUGAUGAAAGGGACCGAUGAGGAAGAUGAUGACGAUGACGAUGAUUUUGUUGAAGUUCCAGAGAAGGAAGGUUAUGAGCCACACAUUCUGGAGCACCUUCGGGAGGAGUAUGGACUGGAGCCACUGACAAACACUAAGGAAGAGGUGAAGAGAGUAAUGCCGUCCUCUGGCCCCACAUGCCCACGGAGGAAUGAUGAGGAAUCUGAUCCAACAAGUGCCGCAGCAACACUGAAGAUCUUGAAGACAAAGCUGGCCUCGCAGAUGUGUAGCCUGCCUGGAACUUCGGAUGGAACAGACAUACAGGCAUCUACAUCAAGACCUGAAUUAUGCAAUGAUCAUGACAAAAAACGGAAAAGGGAAGAAGAGAUGAAGAAAGCUCCUGUGAGGUCUUUUGGGAUUGACCUUUACUAUUGGGGAAAAGAGGAGUCAACAACUGGCAGAAUUCUCAAAAUUGAUACUCCACAUCGAUUUUGGGCAUCCAGCACAGAACUGGGUGAAGAGUUGGAGAGUAAGGAGUCGUCUACACUGCAAACCAGAUACAUAACCUUUGCAGGAAAGUUUGAACCUGUAAAUCAUAAAUGUCGAGCACCUAUGCCCAAUGGAAGAUUUUGUGAACGCCAGGAUCGGUUCAAGUGCCCUUUUCAUGGAAAGAUUAUCCCAAGAGAUGAGCAAGGAAAUCCUGUGAAUCCAGAAGAUAUCCAAAGACUGAAGCAAGAAGAACAGCAGAAACAGAAAGCAAAAGCUGACUGGCAGGAUCCAGAGUUGAUGCGUGAAAUUGAAGCUGCUACAGGUGUAGAUCUUGGUUCUUCAAAAUAUGACAGAAAAGAUAAAAAGGGAAAAGGAAAGAAGAAAAAGUAUCCAAAUCUUACCGAUUUGAAACAGCAGAGCAAUACAUCUCGAUCAAGGUUGGAGAAACGAGUAUUAAACAAGGCUUCAUUGAAACGAGUCUCUGAAGCAAUGGCUCACAUAGACAAAAGAAAACAUGAAAAGUUUGCAAACCAGUUCAACUAUGCAUUGCAUUAAGACCAACAAAAGCUGCAAAAAAAAGUCACUUUCUAUGAUACUGUUAUAGUAUCAUGCUACAUCUGUUUCAAGCAGCUAAAUCUGCUUUUUUGUACAGAUUUGAAAUUUUCCAGCAUAUGUAAUUUAUUGUCAAAUUUUGUAUGUCCAUUUUUAACUUU